UUAAACGUCGCGCUACCGAUAAUCGCCAGGAAGAUUGUAGCAAACACUGGAGAGGUGCCUUGCUCACCCUCGGCCAAUAAGCAGUCCGGACGAACAAAUGCAUAACGAUAAGCGGUCAUCAGACCAUUCCUUUUCACCAUCACAUACUCAAAAAUGUCACGAACACCAUCAUUAUUGCGCAUCAGUGGGCAGCAAACCUCAAAAUGUUUUGCUGCUCCCAAAUUGAUUAGAGGAAGAGCAAGUGCAGUAGAGCCUCAAGAGAGAUUAUCACCUGAAUUAUUGGCAACAAAGGGAUCUUCGUCUUCUGUUGAAAAUCGCCGUUCAUGGAAACGUUCAGAAGUAUCAGAGAUUUACAACGGAAACUUGAUGGACCUCAUCUUCCGUGCAGCAACCGUUCACAGAACCACACAACCAGCAAACAAGAUCCAACUAUGCACAUUGAUGAACAUCAAAGAAGGUGGUUGCAGUGAAGAUUGCGGUUAUUGCAGUCAAUCUUCUCGCUAUACAACCCCUUCAACACCUUCCAAAUUGAGCGAAGUUGAUGAAGUCUUGGUAGAAGCACGCAGAGCAAAAGAGAAUGGUUCAACACGUUUUUGCAUGGGCGCUGCUUGGCGUGAAGUUGGUGGAAGAAAGCGUGGAUUCAAUCGAAUUUUGGAGAUGGUCAGUGAAAUUCGUGGAAUGGGAAUGGAAGUUUGCACAACUUUGGGCAUGCUUUCUCCCGAACAAGCAAAACAACUCAAAAAUGCCGGCUUGACCGCAUACAAUCACAAUCUCGAUACCAGUCGUGAAUAUUACGGAAAAGUUGUCACUUCACGUACGUACGAUGAUCGUUUGAGCACAUUGGAAGCUGUUCGUGAUGCUGGUAUUUCCGUUUGCUCUGGUGGAAUUUUGGGAUUGGGAGAAGAAGAGUCGGAUCGUGUUGGAUUGAUUUGGGAAAUGAGUAAAUUACCCGAAGCACCGGAGAGUUUCCCAGUGAACGCAUUGGUUGCCAUUCCUGGAACACCAAUGGAAAAGAAUGAACCUGUAAGCAUUCAAACUAUGUUACGUACAAUCGCAACUGCACGUAUCGUAUUGCCAACCUCAAUCAUUCGUAUGGCUGCCGGUCGUCAACUGUUCAGCGAAUCAGAACAAGCAAUGUGUUUCUUGGCCGGAGCAAAUGCAAUCUUUACAGGUCACAGAAUGCUUACCACACCUACUGCCGGUUGGGAUGAAGACAAGGCCAUGUUGUCAAGAUGGGGAUUGAACGGUAUGGUCAGUUUUGAAAAUGAAGCCGUUGCCGCCAAAGAGACUCAAGGAGGUGAUGCUGUGAAACAGGAAGCAGCUUCAGCUUAAACGCAGACCAAACCUAUGUACAGUGUAGAGACUCCUGAGAUAUAAUUUCAUCUGAUUCUUACAAAUGCUCGGUAUAAAUAUCAUCCACCUGAAACUGGUGGAAUAAUGGCAACAGUCUCGCCUCCUUGAAUGAGGAAUGACUGUAAUUCAUCUUCAUCAAUCAUGCUCUCGUCGAUAGACCAUUUGGAUCCUUCAAUCACUUUUUUGAGAGAAGCACCAUCAUACUUUUCAGAAGGAGGAUCUUUUUCGAAUGUGAUCAAGAUAUGAUCACGCAAAGCACUGAGAGUGAC